AUGUGCCAAAAAUGUCUUCUCCGACCUUCCUUGACGAUGGCACGCCAAUCGUUCAGGCUCUGGAAUCAGUCAUCCUCCAAACGUCUGAGCUCUGGAAAGGGUACAUUGUGGCCCAAUUUCACGGUCUUCUUCCUCCUGCAUCAGUGGUACCAUGACCUUAAUCCAAUUUGGGGAAAAUUUGGCUCAAUUUUGAUGCGAAAAAUUUUGGAUUUUGCUUGUAUGAUUUUCAUCCCCUCUGUUCAAACAAGGGAAUGGAUCUUGGAAAUGGGUUUCUGGAAUGCGGGUCAUUGCUCCUUCACCAUCUCGUCGUGGACUCUAGAUGCUCCCACAUGGGCAAUUCUCAAUAACGUCCCUUCUAUGCUCUAUUCUCUGGAUGGUAUAAGUGUGAUUGCGAGUGCAGUUGAGGAGUAUCUCCACACGGAAAACUCUCUCCUGGAUGACGUCAAUAUUGGAGAGACGAAGGUUAAUGUAGAAAUAAUGCUCCAGAGCUCUCCCCCUGAAACUAUUAUUAUCAGAGACUCUCAAGGUUUCGGUCUCGUAUCCUCGUCUCCCUCCGAAUGUCUGAACUGUGAAAGAUUUGGUCAUUUGAUGAAUCAAUGUCAGAAACCUCUAUCUAAGAAGAAGCCUGGCUUUAUUGUCCCCCUGUUUCCAAGCCGUAAUAAACCUUUGGUAGGCGGUAUUUUAGAAACUCGAGUAAAAGAAGAUAAUGCUGUGGGUAUCUUGAGAAAUGCUCUUCCUGGUUGGCGGUGGGAUAAUAACUAUGGGUUCUAUGAUAUUGGCCGUAUGUGGGUUGUUUGGGAUCCCUCGUUUUUAAUCAUGGUGUGUGGGGUGUUUAAUCCCUCUUCGAUCAUCUCGUUGACGGUGGCAUUUGUGUAUGCAUAUAAUACCAAGGUUCAGCGCAUAGUCUUAUGGGAGGAGAUCACAGAAGUAUCGCAGAAUCCUCUUGUUGAGGACUCCCCGUUGUUUAUGGUAGGAGACUUCAAUCAAAUCUUGUCGGCUAGUGAGCACUACUCGAUAAUCCCUUACCAUCUUCUGUUGACGGGGGAUCCCAUCCUGCGUAAGUUGGACAGGGCUCUUGUGAAUGAUGAUUUAAUCUGUCUAGACUCGGAAAGAGAAAGGAGCAAGAAGGGUUUCAAGUACUUCUCUUUUACCUCUUUUCAUUGUAACUUUAUCUCUAAACUGUCUGAAGCAUGGAAUUCCCCAAGUAUUGUGGAUUCAAGUCUGUUUAUGCUUGAUCUAAGAUUGAAGGAAGCUAAGUCUUGCUGCAAAGAGCUAAAUAGUGAGGGCUUCGGAAACAUCCAACAAAGAAUAAAAGAAGCCCUUUUGAACCUUGACGAAUGCUUCUCAGCUCUCCUUCGGAUUUGCUGGAUAGAGAAGAGGCUGAGGCAAGAAGAAAAUGGAGGUUUUUUGCCGAUGCUCAGGAGAUCUUUUAUCAUUAUGGUGCUAGCGCAUCAAGCCAGGAAUGCUAUUACUUAUUUAAGAACUUCAGAUAGGGUGAGAAUUGAUGGUAAGGAUCAAAUCAAAAAUAUGCUUAUUUCCUUCUUCACGAACCUGUUGGGUACGGAGAGCUCAGCUAAUCCUUACUCAAGGAUACUUAAAUUGGUAAUCCCGCAAGCUGUUCAGAAUAACCAAGUGGGUUUUGUAAAAGCAAGAUUGCUGUGUGAGAAUGGUCUUGCGGUGAAUCGUAAUAAAUCAGUUGUUUUCUUUGAUGGUGGAGAUAUUGAAGCGACUGCUGGAAUAGCUGAAAGGUUGGGGCUGAAACAAGGGUCCUUUCCGGUUCGUUAUCUAGGGGUUCCCUUAACGUCGAGGAAGUUGAGGAAGCGGGAUUAUCAGUCUUUGCUAACUAGUUUUCAUCUUGGACAGUUCGUCACCUCUCCUUUGCUGGACAUCUUCAACUGCUUCAGCCAGUUAUUUACUCUACUAUUUCAUUCUGGGCCUCUAUCUUUCUCUUGCCUAACCAAUGAGAGUGGAGGACUCGGUCUUAGGAGACUCGAGGCGUGGAACAAGGUUCUCGGUCUCAAACUGAUUUGGCUUAUAUUUACUGAUAUGUGGUCUCUGUGGGUAUCCUGGGUGCAACACAAUCUGAUUGAAGUUUCUAAUUUUUGGAGCUUGGAUGUUGGUAACUCGGGAAGCUGGAUUUGGAAGAGUUUAUGCAAGCUUCGACCUCUAGCUCAUCCCUUUGUCAUUUAUGAAGUGGGUUCGAAUCUCAGGGCUCCAGAUUCAGGCAGUGGUUUCUCAAGCUAUUCAGCAUCAACAAUGUGUCUUCCACCAGCGGCAGCAAUCACCGAAUCAGAGGUAGAUGAUAUUUUUCAAUGGAAGACGGGUCUCAAUACUAUGCCGUCUUCUUCAUUCUCGAGCUCACUCACAUGGAUGGCUCUUCAUCCUCAAGGGCCACAAGUUGCGUGGCAUCCAGCUAUAUGGUUCAAAGGGGGGCUCCCGAAACACGCUUUCCUCUCAUGGGUUACUGCUAGGAAUCGUCUCCCUACAAGGGACAGGCUGCGAGGUUGGGGUCUUCCGGUUCUGUCAACUUGCCUUCUCAGGGCUCCCGAUUCAGGCGGUGGUUUCUCAAGCUAUUCAGCAUCAACAAUGGUGGAUUCAAGCCUCUCGCAGCAGGGAUUCUAUUUUUCUGCUUUUGAAAUAGUGUCUUCCACCAGCGGCAGCAAUCACUGA